AUGAUGGAUGCCGAUAGAGAAUAUAUGAAGACAAUCAAAGAAUGGUUGGAUGAUUGGAUAAUGACUAUCCCAGAUCAUGAACUGCCAUCACAAGAAAAUGAUUGUUUACAAAAGGAUGGAAUUGGAUCAACGAAAAGGUAUUUUUUCUUUCUCGUGUUCCUCUUUUGCCGGGAUUUUCAUUUGAGGUUUUUCAAAGAUCGUUUGUCAGAACCUCAAAAAAAUAUUUUUCUUUAGCCAAUAAUAUCCAAUUUUCAUUAAAAAAAAACGGAACAUUUAGGAAAAUACAUGUAUUAAACAUUUUCAGUGAUCAAAUUGUGGAUGUAAUAACAUUGAGCAGUGACGAUGAAUUCGAUGAUGACGAUUACAAGAUUCUGUGUAUGAUGAAUGCUAGAGAGAGGAUUCUUUUGGAGAGAAUUAGAUCAACAAUCAGGUAUUUUUCUUCAUCGUGUUUUGAUGAUUCUGCUCUGAAAAUUUUGAAGUUAUUUAUUGAAAAAAAAAAGAAUAUUUCAUAUUUCAAACUAUGUAAAAAGAUCAUUAAAUCUUAUCUCUUAAUAUUUUUCUCGCCCCAAUUAUAUCCAAUUUUCAUUAAAAACUGGAAAUUUAGUAAAAUAUAAAACAUUUUCAGUGAUGAUCAAAUUGUGGAUGUUACAACAUUGAGCAGUGAUAAUGACAGUGAAAGCGAACACGAUGAUGACGAUUACAGGAAUCAAUGUAUGAUGAAUGCUAGAGAGAGGGUUCUUUUGGAGAGAAUUGGAUCAACAAGCAGGUAUUUUUUCUUCUUCGUAUUUUGAUGAUUCGUCUCUUAAAAUUUUAAAGUUAUUUUAUCAACAAAGAAAAAUAUUUCAUAUUUUUCAUAAUGGCGUCAUUUGUUUUUCAUCCUUGGGAUGAGACUUCGAGAUUUUCUUGAUUUUACCCUCUUUUCGUUCUCUCUCAUAUUUUUUAUCAUUUUUCAAAGAUCGUUUGUCAGAACUUUUAAAACAAUAUUGUUCUUGCACCAGUUAUAUCCACAUUUCAUUAAAAACGGAAAAUUUAGUAAAAAAUGAAAUAUUUUCAGUGAUCAAAUUGGGGAUGUAAUAACAUUGAACAGUGAUAGUGACAAUGAAAUCGUAUUGGAUGAUGACGAGUUUGAUGACCAAAGUAUGAAGGAAGCUAAAGAGAAGAGUAGUUCGGAAAAUGGUUCAAUGUUGAAUUUAUCGGAUGAACUGACACUGCCAGCAAAACAUGAUUCACAAAAGGAGAGAAUCGGAUCAACAAACAGGUAUUUUUCUUCAUCAUGUUUUGAUGAUUCUGCUCUAAAAAUUUUGAAGUUAUUUAUUGAAAAAAAAAAGAAUAUUUCAUAUUUCAAACUAUGUAAAAAGAACAACAUUAAAUCUUAUCUCUUAAAGGGUUGGUCUUGCUACACGAGAAAACAAGUCCGCAAUAGUGCGUCACUUUUUAAAACUAACUAUAAGCAAGCCUAAAGUUGAUUAAAAUCACCUUCCAUAGUUGAAAAAUGUUAGGAAAUGCAUUUCGCGAGAAAUACACACAAAUAAAUUAUGUGUGUGAAGAGCACACAUGUUUUUUAUAUGCACUAAAACCUUAAAACCCAACAAAAACAUGAAUAAAAUGGUGAAAACUCGCUCUAAAAUCAAAAUAAAAUAUGGAAUGUUUUAGGAGCACCUUAGCUCUAUCGAAUGAACCUAAGUUUUCCUGACCAACCCUUAAAUAUUUUUCUCGCGCCAAUUAUAUCCAAUUUGCAUUAAAAACGGAAUAUUUAGUAAAUAAUUAAACAUUUUCAGUGAUCAAACUGUGGAUGUUACAACAUUGAGCAGUGAUAGUGACAAUGAAAUCGUAUUGGAUGAUGACGAGUUUGAUGACCAAAGUACGAAGGAAGCUAGAGAGAAGAUUAGUUCGGAAAAUGGUUCAAUGUUGAAUUCUUCGGAUAAAAUAUCAACACAGCCAGCGAAUGAUUAUUAUUCCGAUGAAGAGAAGGAACUUAGAGAGUGGUAUGAUCGGUCACAAUAUAUUGCAUCGAGACAAAAGGAGAAAACUGGAGCAUCAAGCAGGUAUUUUUUCUUCUUCUUGUUUUGAUGAUUCGGCUCUUAAAAUUUUGAAGUUAUUUUAUCCACAAAGAAAAAUUUUUCAUAUUGCAAACUAUGUAAAAAAAAGAUCAAAAAAUCUACCUCUUACGGCGUCAUUUGUUUUUCAUCCUUGUGAUGAGACUUCGAGAUUUUCUUGAUGUCAAGCUCUUAUCGUUCUCUCGCAAAUUUUUCAAACAAUUUUUCAAAGAUAAUUUGUCAAAACCUCCAAAACAAUAUUUUUCUUGCGCCAUUUAUAUCCAAUUUUCAUUAAAAACGGAAAAUUUAGUAAAAAAUGAAAUAUUUUCAGUGAUCGAUUUUUGUAUCCCCGAACAUCGACCGAUGAAAGCGAUGGUUCCGAUAUCGAUGAAGAGAGUAUGAAAGAAGCUGUAGAGAAGAUUCUUUCGGAACAUGGUGGUCCAUGGCUCUUAUCGGAUAGGAUACUGACACGGCAAGCAAAACAUUAUGUGCGAGAAAGGGAAGCUGAGAGAAUUAAAUUUGAAGCAGAACAAUAUUUUCGUAGGACCUCUGUCAAGCGGUCUUCGCAUAUUGAAAGAUCUAAAGAAUACGAAAUGAAAUGGCGUAAAAGGCAGGAAGUCUCGGAUUCUCAACUUCUAGAACAAAUACACGAAUCGGAACCUAGUAAUAAGAAGUUAGCUAUUUUUUACUGUUUAAAUAGUUUUCAAUAAGCAUAAUUUCAAAAUUUUCAGAUCAGAAUCAUCAAAACGCGAAGAAGAAAACAAGAAAGAUUCAAAUUCAUCUUCACUUGACAAAUCAAAAAAUCGUCAUGAAAGGUUGGAUAUUUUUUUUUUGACAUCAAACAUUUUUAAAAGAAACAUUUUUCUGACAUUGAGAUCUUAACGCUUUUAAUUUGAUAAUUCUGCAUUUCAGAUCGGGAACAUCGAGUCGUAAAGCUGAAAAACGUCCACGUUCAUAUGAUUGCACAUCUUCAUCUGACGAGAAUCGCCAUGAGAGGUUAGAUAUUUUUCCUAUUUUUUAUAUUCACAAGUUUAAAACUUUUUCCGAAAAACUAUGUCAUUAGUUCAAUAAUUCCCAAUUUUCAGAUCGAAACAAUCGAAUCACAAAGAUGAAAAACGUUUUCGUUCGCCCAAACAAUCAUCUUCAUCUGACAAAUCAAAGAAUCGUCAAGAAAGGUUGGAUAUUUUUACAUAUUUUUUUGACAUCAAACAUUUUUAAAAGCAAAAUUUUUUUGAGGGCUAUGUAAACUUUUAAUUUGCCAAUUCUGGAUUUCAGAUCGGGAACAUCGAGUCGUAAAACUGAAAAACGUCCACGUUCAUAUGAUUGCACAUCUUCAUCUGACGAGGAUCGCCAUGAGAGGUUCGAUAUUUUUCCUAUUUUUUACAUUCACAAGUUUAAAAGUUUUCCUGAAAAACUACGUCAUUAGGUCAAUAAUUCUCAAUUUACAGAUCGGAGCAAUCGAAUCGCAAAGAUGAAAAACGUUUGCGUUUGCCCAAACAAUCGUCUUCAUCUGAAAAAUCAAAGCAUCGUGAUGAAAGGUUGGACAUUUUCACUAUAUUUCUUAUUCGAAAAUUUUAAAUGCAAAUUUUUCAGUGAAAUUACAUUUUUUAAUUGAUAACUCUUAUUUCCAGAUCGAAAACAUCGAGUGGGGGAUCAAAGAAACGUUCACGUUCAUAUGAUUGCACAUCUUCAUCUGACGAAUCGGAGGAUCGCCAUGAGAGGUUCGAUAUUUUCACCUUUUUUUUUGACAUCAAACACUUUUAAAGGGGUUGUCCAAAUGUUUGGGUAUGAACCCCGAAAGAAGUACACAUAUAAAUUAUAUUUGCGAUAUAGCGAACUUUCUUUCCUAGUUUUAAGGUUGGUUUUAGCGAGUUGUGUUUUGGACAAAAAACUUGGUAUUCGCGCAUCAAGAAAUUUUUCUGAACACGUAGCGUAUCACCUAAGCCCUAACUAUUUAGCUGAUCGAGCUUUGUAGAAAGACAACCCUUGUAAAAGCAAAACUUUUCUGAGAACAUAUUUACAUUUUAAAUUUAUCGAUUUUUUUCAGACGGGGAAGAUCGAGUCGUAAAACUAAAAAACAUUCACGUUCAUAUGAUUAUUCUUCAUCAUCUGACGAGGACCGCCAUGAGAGGUUUGAUAUUUUUUCACUAUUUUUUACAUUCACAAGCUUAAAAGUUUUUCUGAAAAACUACAUCAUUAGUUCAAUAAUUCUCAAUUUUCAGAUCGGCUAAAUCAAAUCACAAAUAUGAAAAACGUUUCCGUUCGCCUAAACAAUCGUCUUCAUCUGAAAAAUCAAAGCAUCAUUAUAGAAGGUUGGAUAUUUUCACAAAUUUUUCUGAGAAUUUACAUUUUCAAAUCAAUAACUCCUAUUUACAGAUCGAAAAAAUCGGAGCACAAAGCUGAAGAACAACCAUGUUCAUCCAAAGAUUCAUCUUCAACUAACGCAUCAAAACAUCGUCAUGAAAGGUUCGGUUGUUUUACUAUAUUUUUCAUUCGAAACAUUGUUUUUAAUUUUCAGAGCGGAAGAAUCACAUUGGCAAGCCAAAAAACGUUCAAGUUCAUCCAACCACUCAGAUUUCCAAAAAAAGCGACACUAA